AUGGCUACAGCUCUUUUCAAUGACGUACGGAUACAGCACCCGGACGACCACGUAGGUAGAAAGUUCAAGUUUUUGCCAGUUUCGAAACUGCUUUGUUCACACGAGAAUUUUAGUGGAGGAGGCCCCUCCAUGGAUCCAUGGCCGGCCAUGGAUCCGUGCCAGGCGGAACGCACACAGCAAGUGAUGGCUCAGUAGCUGGAGGAAAAGGACCCAUUUAUUUGUGCAGAAAGGUCGCGGGAUGGUGAUGAAGUGACUAGUACUAGAAAGCGUUCGGUCGGGAGGAAAAGUCGAAAGAAGUGGAACUCAUGCGGGUAAGCAGAUCUAAGAAACUACGCUUGGCAUCGGAAUCCGUUCAAAUUCAAAGGGAACUUAAUGCUGCUUUGCAGCAGUAUAAUGAGAUUCUGCUAUUUAGUUCAGCCCCUGAUGGCUACGAUGAAGGAGAUGCGGUAGCGUAUUUCAACUUUCUGCGUAGUGAAGUACUGCAAAAAGCGCGCGCACGACUCAGAGAUAACGAUACUGCACAGAAUGCCACUGAUGAUCAAACUUUCACUAAUGAGCGAUACAACACGCUCCGCAGCGGUCUUUUGCAAUUAUCUUGCCGGAAGCGGACGCAGAGAAGGAGAUAUCUUUAUCUGAUACGUAGAACCUUUAUAAACCUCCGUUGGGAUGCGAAAUUAGCAUCCCACACUUUUU